AUGGACGUUAGACACAUCAUUCUUGGUCGACCUUGGUUGUUCGAUUUAGAUGUCACUAUCUAUGGUCGAUCAAAUUCAUGUUCCUUUGUGUUCAAUGGGAAGAAGAUUCACCUUAAUCCUUUACUGCCAAAACUUGUUGACUCACAACAUACCAAGAAAAUUGUGGAACGGAAAGGGUUACAUAUGAUUAGCCCUACCGAAUUUGAGCGUACACUCAAAGAGGAUUCUGUUGUGUUUGUCGCGAUCGUGAUGGAAGUUCCAUCGGAAUCUCCAAUAUUGACCCAUGAUGAGAUCCAAUCAGUUCUUCAAGAGUUUCAAGUUGUCUUUUCUGAAGACCUCCCUGAUCUAUUGCCCCCUUUACGGGACAUUCAACAUGCUAUAGAUCUUAUCCCUAGAUCGUCUCUUCCAAAUUUACCUCAUUAUAGAAUGAAUCCUACUGAGUAUGCUGAGCUUUAG